AUGGAUAAAAUCCGAAUGAUAAAGAGUAGGUUAAAAGCAGCACAAGAUAGGCAAAAGAGUUAUGCAGAUUUGAAAAGAAGAGAUAUUGAGUACAAUGUUAGUGAUAAGGUAUUCUUAAAGAUUUCUCCUUGGAAGGGAAUUGUACGCUUUGGUAAGCGUGGAAAGUUAAGUCCUCGGUUUAUAGGUUCUUAUGAGAUUAUAGAGAGGAUCAUACCAGUUGCUUAUCGCUUAGCAUUACCUCCAGAGUUAUCACAAAUCCAUGAUGUCUUUCAAGUAUCCAUGUUAAGAAGAUACAAAAGUGACCCUUCUCAUAUUCUCCAAAAGCAACCAAUCGAGUUGAGAGAAGAUCUAACAUAUGAGGAAGAACUAGUGGAGGUCAUUGAUAGAGAAGAGAAAGUCUUGAGGAACAAAGCAAUUCCUUUUGUUAAAAUUCGUUGGAGCAAUCAUUCAAAGAAAGAAGCUACUUGGGAAAGAGAAGAGGAUAUGCGGGCUCAUAACCCACACUUAUUUGCGCUACCAGGAGAUGACCCAGCUCCUGUUGUAGAUACUAGGGGUGCUCCAGCGGUCUGGGCUUCAUUAGUUUUUAGUACAGCGCUUGAUAUACACAUAGCCUUUGGGGCGUAUAUCAGGUGGUUGCCUUUUGGGGGUAGCUAUGCACAUGUGUAUGACCAGCAUAUUUAUUGCUCUUGGGCUAUUAGUAGUGUCGUCAUAGAGCCCAAGAUGCCAGCAUUACUCUCAGGUUGCUGGAGUUUAUUAUAUGCACCUGAAAUGCAAGCAUUUUCUAUAGGAAAUAUAUUGUAUGAGCGAACAGAGAGUAAAGGAAACGCCACAAGAGGGUCAUCAAAUCUUAGAAACAUGAACAGUGACCUUCCAUUCACCAUUAUUCACUAUGCAUUGACUGUUUAUAUUUCUUGA